AAUAAAAAACUGUCAAAUGGGUUAUUAGAGGCAGACAGUGAAUCCUUCUUAAAUAGGACAGUGACCAGGUUGGGAGGUCACAAAAACAAAAUUAUUGACUUUUCAAUUGUUGUUAGUGUUGCAAUUUUUAAUAUUUGUUAGUGCAUAAAUCGGAUACAUGGUUAUUCAGUUCAGACUUCACGCCUGACCUGACCUGACCUGACCUGACCUGACCUGACCUGACCACAGCCUGUUUCUACAUUCUUGCAAUUCAAAAAUCCGAAUCAAAAUUAUUUAACCCAUCUCUAGUUGUCAGUUUUAUCAAGCCAACAAUUGUAGAUUUGAUUGAUAAAAGUGUUGAAGAAUCACGAUGUGCCUCAGACCUAAAACAAUUCAUCACCGACUUGUUCAAACUCAAAUGGUGGGCGAUUCGAACAGUAAAUUGCAUCCUGGAUUUUUUAAUGGCAAUUUUCGCCAAUUUGGAAACUAUGACCAAUGUCUCAGUGUGUCUAAAACUUUGAAUGGGGGAGAAAUAAGUGGGCAAUAUUGCACGGUUUCAUUCCAGGCAUUCGAAAAUACGACAAAAGUGUUUUUCAAGAUGGUCAAAAAUAUUAGUCAAAGCAGAGGGACUGGAAAAAUGAUUGAUUGGAAAUUUUUCCUCAAAUAUACUAAAGCUUUUCUAGGUCUUUGUCUCCCCAAAUCAUGCUCAAUCAAAGAUAUGAAUAGGUUGUGGAGCUACAUACAGAGAGUUUUUCGUAUUCCAGUUGAGGCGAAGUUUUUGGAAGGCGCAUGUGUUUCUGGAAGGGAGCAAUACGCAAGUGCUGAUGAUUUUUACGUCUUCAUAUUUUUUGGGGUGAUAUUGGCCAUACUUUUAUCAAGCACGAUUUAUGAUUUGUUUUUGCAAAGUAAUAAGGGACAACCGGACGUUUUUGUAUGUUUUUCUCUCUAUACAAACACUAAACGACUUUUGUCAACACGUUGCGAAAAUGAUAGUCUCACUUGUUUGUAUGGAAUUCGAGUCAUUAGUAUGGCAUGGGUCAUCAUUGGCCAUAUUGCAGUCAUCCAAAUGUUUUCCUCCAAUAUUAACACUCUCUACGUUGUCACAGAGUGGAAAACUAGUUAUAUGAACACUUUUAUCACCGCAGCCCCUUACGCAGUCGAUACGUUUUUUUCAAUUAGUGGUCUUUUGGUAGUUUACAUCCAUUUGAAAUACUCAGAAAAGUUCAAGAUCAAUCUGUGGGCUUUCUAUUUACACAGAGUAAUAAGGCUAGUUCCAGCACUAGUUGCAACCCUUUUAAUUUACACAAGCUUGUACAAAUACGUAAGUGAAGGGCCACUAUGGCCUUUAAUCGUCAAAAAAUUACAAGUGCCUUGUCAAUACACAUGGUGGGCAACUUUACUUUUUUUCAAUAAUUAUCUUGAUUUUAAUAAUCAGUGUAUGCAACACACUUGGUACUUAUCAGUGGACACCCAACUGUAUGUGAUAGUAGCACCAAUCAUCCUGUAUUACAUGAAGAAAAACCCAUCAAAAACUCUAUUAGGAAUUACUUUGGCUUGCUUAUUUUCAAUUUUAUACACUUUUUUAAUGGUUGUUCAUUACAAUCUUGGAUUUAUACCAUACUGGGAAAUGGAAGACAAUGAUUCAAAAAUAACGUAUUUUAAUCCCUUAUCACGUAUGCCUUCCUGGCUUGUUGGCAGUGUUUUGGGUUACUUACUCUACCAAAAUAAGAAGCUCCAAAAUCCUCAAAAAAUUAACUUCUUGCUAUGGACAGCCUCGUUGCUACUUAUGUUAGGACUAAUUUUGUAUCAUCAAGUCUUCAUGAAUUCUCCACACAACGUGUUUCGAUCAGCCUUCUUUAACAGCUUUUCCCGGUUCAUGUGGUCUUUAGCCGUUUGUUUUAUUAUUUUUAGUUGCAGUACCGGACGUGGAGAUUUUAUCAACAAUUUUUUGUCUCAUCCCGUAUUCAUCGUUUUGGGAAAACUUACCUACAGUAUGUAUCUCACUCACGUACUGAUUAUAAUGGCUGUGACAGGGAACCAAAAACAUGCUAGUUAUUUUAGCAAUUUUGGAGUGUUUUGUGACUUUUGUAGCAAUUCGGUGAUCAUUAUUGGAUGUUCGACUUUAAUGUGCUUGUGUUUCGAGACACCGUUUAUAUCCAUUUUAAAACAUUUGGAUAAACGGAAAAAUAUUAAACACUCGUAGUUGUAUGAGUAAAACAUUAAAAAAUUGCGGCCUUAGACACGGAACUAUUUUAUUUUGAGUUUAUUUCUAUCAUCAGUGAUGAAGUAAUUUGUUAAAAACCACUUAAGAUUCAUUUGAGUCUCCUUCCGGACCUCUUCGGAUUGGUGGAACAACUUCAGGACCUCCUCUGAAGGAUUGCACUCUUUGGACCUCUUCAAAGGAUACAGUCGACGGGACCUUCUUUCGUCGUUAAACCACACCUGCCCCAAGACAUCUUCUGGGAACCAAGUUCACCUUUGAACACGGGCCACGGGACCUCUUCCGUGGUAAGGGCAUAACAUCUGGGACUUCUUCCAGGUGGUAUCAUUUCCUGGACCUCUUUCAGGGAAUACAACCGACGAGACUUCUUCCUUCAAUUUCUCCCUCGGAGGACCUCUUCUCCAAGGGCUAGGGUUCAUUAGGUCCAAGUUUAAAGUUGUUUGUUAAAGAUACUUGUUUUAUCUGUUGUUACUAUUGUUAUGGUUAAUGAAUAAAAAUUUCUCUUUUCAAU